UCUUGUGUCAUUGGACUGAUGACAAAGACAACAGAGAAAUGAAGCAGUAAAGAUCAGAGACAGAGACAGAGCUGCUCUUAAACUGGUGUGUUUUUAUACCUGACCACUGAAAUUAGAGUUAAUAACUGUCCCAAUAAUUGCCCGUCAGCGUAACCCACAUGCCUACUGAAACUUACUCCAACCGGAAGUUAAUGUCUUGUUGUUGCUACAGCAACAUGUAAACAUACGUGUUGUGUGGUAAGCGAGCCAGUGAGCAGCGUUAGCUCUAAAUUAGAAAUGCAUAAUUUCAUUAAAUAAAGAAAAGUAAAGUUUGUCCAUUUGUUUAAAAGGCUGAUCCGUUACUGCGCUGUCUGUCGGGUUUUUAUGUCGCCUCAUUUUAAAUAUAAGGGGAGCUUUAGUCACUUAAACCUGUCAUGUUGAAGCAAAAAGAAAAUGAAGAGCAGGAUGUGAAAGAAGAGGAAAACGGUGAAACCGAGCCAGAGCCAGGAGGAGACACUGCAGAAGAGCCGCCGGAGGACGGCAGGGAGCCGGGAGGCGGCGGAGAAGAGGUGCGGACCGGCAGCUCAGCUUCAGUGAAGGUGGUGCUGGUGCCGGAGGGCCAUGUGAUGACCGUGGCGUUUGCCAUCGGUCUCAGCAUUCAGGAGCUGAAGCGUCACCUCGCCUCGGAGCUCAGAGUCCCCGCCGACUUGCUGCAGAUCUCUCUGGACGGCAGAGUGGUGGAGGAGCACAGAAGUUUGAUGGAGCUCGGCGUCAGGCCUCACAGCUCCACCCAGAUGGAGAUGAGCUCCACUGACCCGAGCGUCCACCCUCUCCGCCCUCUUCGUGUCCUAGAGCAAGAGAGCAUGCCCGACGUUAUCACUGUCCAAGUUGAAGCAGAUGAGGGGGUGCUCCAGCAGGUGGUGGUGGAGAUCGAGCGCCCAUGCCAGCAGAAGGCCUUCCUGGGCGGCUACAGGCAUCGGCUCACGGGGUUAGAGUACCAUCAUGCCGCUGUUCAGACACUGCCCAAAAGGAGAGCUGACAGAGGAGUGGCUGUCUUCAGCCGUGACACACAGACAGUAGAGCUGAAGUCUCAGGCUCAGCAGUGUCCAGUCGAUGCCUCCACCCAGAUGACUGGGAUCGGCUGCUACGUCUCCUGCAUGAAUGACAAGCUGGUCUCGCCAGGAAAAUACACCACUGCUGACGAGUACCACGACAGGAGGCUGAGAGCUGUGAUCCGUCUGCAGACAUAUGCUCGGCGUUGGUUGGCCCAGCAGGCAGUGGACCAUUUGAGGAAGGAGAAAACUCGGCGGAUUGCUUGGCUGGAGAUGCAGGAGAGGAGGAGGAACGAGGAGAGAGAGGAGCAGCUGAGAGGUCGCCGACAGCGCUGGCUGAAUCCACAGAGGCUGGAGGACUUGAACCUGCUGUACCAAGCUCUGGAGAAGUGGAGGAACGAGGAGGAGCAGAGGAUCAGCUUGUCCCUGCGAGGAGCUGAGAGGAAGGCAGCUCUCUGCACACUUCUGGAUCAGGAGAUGGAUUUCAUUGCUGCCAUCGGACGCCAUCGGAUCGCCAUCCACAACGACAACUAUGACAAAGCUGUCAGGAACUUCCUGGACAAGUCUGCAUCUCCUCAUCACAGACGAGUGGCAGACGGUCGUCUGAUUGAGAUCGACACUCAGGACACCAUCAGAGCGAGAGAGCUGCGCGACCUGUAUAACAACAUCAGCCUGAUCACAGUCAGCCAGGAGCAGAGGCUCCACUUCCUGAUGACACUGAAACACACAGUCAAGGAGCAGGAGUGUCAGCUGACUCGGGACAUCGUGGAUUUGGUUGACAGGGAGGUAGACCUAAUGACUCGAGGGGUUAAGACAGCCAGUUUGGAGGGACUGAGGAAGAGAAUCUGUACUCUUUUACUUCAGUACAUCAAAACACCAGCGUUCAACCCUGAGGUGGCCAAGCUGCUGAAGGUUCCCCAGAAUCCCUCCCAGCUGAAGAAUGACAUGUUACUCUGCCAAUACUGUCAUCGUUACCUGCGCUCCACGGACUUCGUUAUGUCUAUGAGUGGCAGUCUGCACCGUCAGUGCCACUGCUGCGCCAGACUCAACAACAUAGCCAGAUUGCGCAAUGACUUCUCCUUCUACAAAAACAUCCUGAUGAGGUUGAGAGGUGAUGAGCAGAGGCUCAACACAGAAGCUAAGAUCCCCUUCCUGCUGCAGGUGCAGGACAUGCAGUACCUGGUGGAAGCAGUGUGGUCGUCGCGGUCGGCCCUCAGUGCCAGCAGCGACCUCUACAACCUGGUGUUUGUUCGCUGGGAUCGUCAGAAGGACUGGAGCCCCUGGAACUGCAUACUGCUGUCCAAAGAAGAGACGUCAGCCCACUUAGAGGUGGAGGACAUCCACAAGACAUAUGAGACAACGUUCAUCCGCGAGAUCGAACGCAAACAUGCACAAGCCCGACGCCACUUCAGCCAGAUGCCCGUCAUGACCAAGUACCUGGAUUCUCAGCCUGCUGCUACCCCGGGCAACCAGCUUGUCUCCAAGCCCAUCACCAUGGCAAUAGUGAACCAUGCCAGUGACACCACACAGACCUCAGAUCAUUAACUCUCUGUGCAGUCUUAACUUGAGCUUUAAACCUAAAGUAAAGUUUGUGUUGCUGGUUA